AACACUAAAAUCUAGAUCUAGUGGAAAAUACCCAAAAUACCAAGUAGUCUAGUAAAAGCAGCACGAUUUUGGACGGUUCAGGAAUCUAGAGCUAUGUAAAUUACACAACAUCCGGGCAAGCACACGGCACCUAACGUUAAUAUCGAGACGGUUGACAACUGUGUCCAUCAAUUUAGCAAGUGAAUCAACGCCUUUAUUUUAAUAGGGCCUACAAUCUUGGCCAACUGCCAUCUGUUUGCUGAUACAACGCAGAUCAAGACAGCAUUUUUAUGACUUUAUUGAGUCAAAACGAGCCCUUGGUGUGGCACUCACAGAACAUUGAGUCAAAAUCAUUGGCACAUAGAAGUGACACCACUUCCAAAGCGUAUAUGAAGUUCACAGUCCACCAGAAACAUCUGAGUAAAGUUGACAGCAGUAUUCAUAGGAAAAGAAGACCAAUAUUUAUAAACAGUCCGCAACCAUGUCUUUCAACAUUGACAGGAGCAACACUGACCCAUUCUAUCGCUAUAAGAUGCCUAGGCUCAUAGCUAAGGUUGAGGGGAAAGGAAAUGGUAUCAAAACUGUGAUUGUCAAUAUGACAGAAGUUGCUAAAGCAUUGUCUAGGCCCCCAACUUAUCCCACCAAGUUUUUUGGAUGUGAGCUGGGUGCUCAAACCCAGUUUGACACCAAAAAUGACCGUUACAUUGUGAAUGGCUCACAUACUGAUGAAAAACUUCAAACUUUGCUGGAUGGGUUCAUUAAAAAAUUUGUUCUUUGUCCUGGUUGCUCUAAUCCAGAAACCAACCUUGUUGUUCAGGUGAAACGUGGUACAAUAUUACAAAGAUGCAUUGCUUGUGGUUAUAAUGGAUCUGUUGAUAUGAGACAUAAGCUGACAACUUUUAUUCUCAAAAAUCCUCCUGACCAAGAUCCUAAUGCUGCUGCUACGCCAGUGAAAGGGAAGAAAGGAAAAAAAGAAAGGGGUAGUAAAAAAGAUGAAGAAGAUGGAGCUAGUCCUGAUGCAACUCCUUCUACUGCGCAAGAGCAAAUAGCUGCAAUUAGAGAAUCUGGAAAAUCGAUGAAUUUGCCUCCAACGAAGCAAAAAGGAGAUGAUGAUGAUGAAGAUUGGGGAGAUGAUUUUACUGAAGAGGCCAUUAAGCAGAGAAUGGAAGAGCUUUCAGAUGCUGCUAAAGGCCUAGCUUUUACAGAUGAUUUAGAAAAAUCUGCUGAAGAACGGUUGAAUAUCAUCUAUGAAAAAAUCAAAAUUAAAAAGGAUGAGGAUGAACUUACUAAGCAAACUACUAUCAAAGAAAUUUUCUCUGAGGCUGAAAGAUUGGAAGUAAAGGAUAAAGUACCCUUAGUGCUUGUAGAGUUACUGCUCACUGAUAAAGUGCUGACCCAAUUGCAGAAGUUUAAAGGUCUUUUUUUGAAGUUUUGUAUCCAGGACCAAAAAGCCCAGAAGGCACUUCUAGGUGGACUUGAAAUCCUCAUCACUAGGGAGUAUCCAGACCUGUUGCCCAAAACAAGCCACAUUUUGAAAGUUCUUUAUGACUUUGACAUUCUUGAAGAGUCUGUCAUUGUUGAAUGGGGUAAAAAGCCUUCCAAAAAGUAUGUCUCAAAAGAAGAAAGUACACAGAUCCUUAAAGAAGCUCAAGUAUUUGUGAAAUGGCUAGAAGAAGCAGAGGAGGAGAGUGAUGAAGAAUAUGAGAAUGGAGAGGAGGAAGAUGAGGUUAAUUUUUCUCACACUGAGAGAGUAGGGGAGGUCAAAGUUGAACUUGCAAAAUCUACUGUUCCUGUUGUCAAUGGAGGCAAAAAGCCAGUGAUAGAGGAGGAUGAUGAUGAGGAUGAUAUUGACAUUGAUGAUAUUUAAAUCAUCUGACACUUAUUCCUAAAGUAUAGACAUUUAUGUAAUUAUCCCCUGCAUAUGUAUUAUUUUUAAUGUGGCACUUUUAGCUUAAUGAUUUAUUAGGUGGCAAAAUGACAAUGUUUUUAGUGGAGUGCCGACCAGUGCUGUGCACUACUUUCAUUUCAUGAUGUUUAUUUGUUUGACCAUCCAAUUUUAUGCACAGUUAAAUUUGAGAUUCCAUUUUAUUUCAUUUUUCUCUUUGGGUCAUUGGUAACAAGAGACAACUGUUUGGGUUGUCUUUGAUCUUUUAGUCAGGGUAAACAUUUACUUCUGAAUCAAUUGGGAUCAGGACUUUGUCAUAUUGUUUCCUUUUUUUUCUUUGAAUUCAUGUUUCAGCUUUAGGCUGCAUCCAACACUACCUGAUAGUGAAAACUAGAUUUAAAAGAAAAAUAUAUAAAUUGUGAUGGAUUGUUGUUUUCUUUGAUCUAAAUUGAAAUAAAGCUUACAGGAUGUUUUUCAGUGUCUAUGUUUACUAUCAGUGUCUUGAAGUGUUGUGACUUGUCAGCCAGUCUCAUUGUGCCACUAUAUGUAGGAACCAUCGGUCAACUUGUGCUGUCCCCAUUGUCACCUCUAGAACAUAUUUUAUGUCCUUGUACAAACAACAGUUUAUUUCAACUGGAACAAUAAAAUGACUGAAGAAUUG